UUCGAUAUGUUUUAUAAAGAGGCCUACCCAGCACCAAAAUCAUUUUUGUAGUACUCACCACUCCCUCAUGCCCCAACACCGAAGCCAUUACAAUGGAACCAGUUCUAAGUUAUAGCAGCGCUAGCUAUGGCAGCAACAACAAUGAUGGACACAAGAUCAUUAGGUGGUUCGAAGAUGUAACAGAGAAGGCAGGUUCUGUUCAGACCCAGAUCUUAUCCCAGAUUCUGAAGCAGAACCAUGGGGUGGAAUAUCUAAACAAAUGGUUGGGGGACUACAAUAUCCUCGACAUGGACGCUUGUGCAUUGGAAUCUCUUUUCACUUCUGUGGUUCCCCUCGCCUCUCAUGAAGAUUUUGAGCCUUUUAUCCAACGGAUUGCAGAUGGGGACACGACUCCCUUACUCACUCGGCAACCCCCCAUUACCACUCUUUCCUUAAGUUCCGGAACCACAGAGGGAAGGCAAAAGCUUGUACCUUUCACCCGACACAGCGCCCAAACUACCCUUCAAGUCUUCACUUUAGCUGCAGCUUAUAGAUCAAGGGUUUAUCCCAUAAGAGAAGGAGGUAGGAUUCUUGAAUUCAUAUACAGCAGCAAUCAGUUUCUAACUAAAGGAGGCUUAAGGGUAGGAACGGCCACAACACACUACUAUGCCAGCGAAGAGUUCAAAAUCAAACAGGAGAAAACAAAGUCAUUCACUUGCAGCCCUGAUGAGGUGAUUUCAGGAGGAGACUAUGAGCAAUCUACAUACUGCCAUCUCCUUCUUGGCCUCUACUUCUCUGAUCAAGUUGAAUUUAUCACUUCAGCCUUUGUCUAUAGCAUAGUGCAGGCCUUUCGCAGUUUUGAAGAUCUUUGGAGAGACAUUUGCAAUGAUAUUAAAGAAGGAAGUUUGAGCUCGGAAAUCAAAGUACCCAAAAUGAGAAAGGCUGUUUUGAAUCUAAUUUCCCCAAACCCAUCUCUAGCUUUAAAACUAGAAGCUGCUUGCCUGGAAUUAGAAGAGGUGAAUUGGUUUGGACUGAUUCCUAAGCUUUGGCCAAAUGUUAAGUACGUAUAUUCCAUAAUGACGGGGUCUAUGCAACCUUACCUGAAAAAACUAAGACAUUAUGCAAAUAAGUUGCCAUUAGUAAGUGCUGACUAUGGAUCUACUGAGAGCUGGAUAGGGGUUAAUGUGGAUCCUAGUUUGCCUCCGGAGAAUGUAACAUAUGCCGUCGUACCUACUUUCUCUUACUUUGAGUUCAUACCCCUUCAUAGACAAAAGCAAGGUUGCACUUCAGUUGCUGAUGAUUUCAUGGAGGAUUUGCCUAUUCCGCUAUCCCAAGUUAAGGUUGGACAAGAGUAUGAAUUAGUCCUCACAACUUUCACAGGACUGUAUAGGUGUAGACUAGGGGAUGUGGUGGAAGUUGGGGGAUUUCAUAAGGGGACCCCAAAGUUGAAUUUCAUAUGCAGAAGGAAACUAAUCCUGACAAUAAACAUAGACAAGAACACAGAGAAAGAUCUUCAGCUAGUGGUGGAAAGAGGGUCAGAUCUGCUGAACAAGGAGGAAGCAGAGGUAGUGGACUUUACUAGCUACGCAGAAGUAUCGGAGCCACCAGGACACUACGUGAUAUACUGGGAGAUCAAAGGUCAAGCAGAUGACAUGGUGCUGCACAGGUGCUGCACGCAGAUGGACGUGUCCUUCGUCGACCAUGGCUACGUGGUGUCCAGAAAGACCCACGCCAUUGGGCCUCUAGAGCUGCGCGUAGUUGAGAGAGGCGCCUUCAAGAGGAUUCUCGACCUUUUCGUCGCAAGUGGGGCAGCACUUGGCCAGUUCAAGACCCCCAGGUGCACUACUAACCCAGGCCUCCUCAAUAUCCUCUCUGCGUCCACCAUCAGGACCUUUCGCAGCACCGCCUAUGCUUAGACUCAUUAUCCUCACAAUCAUUUCUAUUUAACGUAACCAUUUACUUAUAUUUAAGGGUAUGUAUGUUUGGAAUAAUGUUUUUGACAGUUUUCUGCCAAAACCACCUUUAUUUUAUCCCAUACAUACCAACGCAUUCCAAGCAUGAACUUUAGUUUUAGAAUUUUGUUAUUCUAUGUUACAUUGUAUCUUUAGACUUUAUUUAUUGGUGUAUCUUAGGAUAAGGAGUUGCUUAGGCUCCCAUUCUCUAGUUGUAGCUAGCUCGUAUGAGA